AUGGCUCUUUUAUCUCUCUUCGAUCAUCUUUAUUGUCAAGAGGAGAACUUAGAGGAGUUUGGCGAAGAAGAAUUCGAGCAAUCUAUGCCGGCGACGCUUCUUUUGACGCCUUGUGAGUCCGAGCGCCACCUUCUCUCGGCGACAGAAGUUGAGCCUGAGGAGGAGUGGACGGAGUUGCUCUGCUCUCUCUUGUCCAAAGAAGGGGAAUUUCUCCCGAAACCCUUUCCCAACGGUGGCUAUUUUUCUUCCCUCCAAUCGACGAGGAAGGUUGCGGUGGAGUGGGUCGCGCGGCCUGCGCGGCGGCACGACUUCUCCGCCCUCACUGCUCUUCUAGCCGUGAACUACCGCGUGUUGGAGUAUGAUUUAGGAUUGCUGCAGAUUUCAGGUUCUGCCGUGAUUCUUAGAGAGGGAAAAGAAGUUGUAAGGAUUAAGUAUUAUGAUGUUCAGAAUUAG